AUGGACGUGGAGAUGGACGUGGACGUGGACAUGGACGUGGACGUGGACGUGGACGUGGACGUGGAGAACUUGGACGUGGACAUGGACGUGAACGUGAACCUGGACGUGGACGCGGACGUGGACGCGGACGUGGACGCGGACGUGGACGUGGACGUGGACGCGGACGUGGAGGUGGACGUGGACGCGGACGUGGACGUGGAGUGGACUGGACGUGGAGUGGACGUGGACGUGGACAUGGACGUGGACGUGGACGUGGAUGUGGACGUGGACGUGGACGUGGACGUGGAUGUGGACGUAGACGUGGAGGACGUGGACGUGGACGUGGACGUGGACGUGGACGUGGAGGACGUGGACGUGGACGUGGACGUGGAGAACUUGGACGUGGACAUGGACGUGAACGUGGACGUGGACGUGGACGUGGAGGACUUGGACGUGGACAUGGACGUGGACGUGGACGUGGACAUGGACGUGGACGUGGACGUGGACGUGGACGUGGACGUGGACAUGGACGUGGACGUGGACGUGGACGUGGACGUGGACGUGGACAUGGACGUGGACAUGGACGUGGACGUGGACGUGGACGUGGACGUGGACGUGGACAUGGACGUGGACAUGGACGUGGACGUGGACGUGGACGUGGACAUGGACGUGGACGUAGACGUAGACGUGGACGUGGACGUGGACAUGGACGUGGACGUGGACGUGGACGUGGAGGACGUGGACGUGGACGUGGACGUGGACGUGGAGAACUUGGACGUGGACAUGGACGUGAACGUGGACGUGGACGUGGAGGACUUGGACGUGGACAUGGACGUGGACGUGGAGUGGACGUGGACGUGGACGUGGACGUUGAUGUGGACGUGGACGUGGACAUGGACGUGGACGUGGACGUGA